AUGUCUCUGAAUCUGGAGAAGCAGCUGCGCUUCUAUGGCGCAUACCACCAUAAUUCCGUCAAUGUGGGGAUACACGUCCUCUGCGUGCCGCCCAUUCUGUUGACGGCGUUCUUGCUCCUCACCAAUACCCCCGCCGUUCCGCUGCCCCCGUGGCUGUCCAUCCCCAAUCUCCCCCUCAAUGUUGGUACUUUCGGCGCAGUGUUGUACUCGACCCUUUAUGUUCUCAUGGAACCCGUGGCAGGAGCUCUGUUUGCGCCCAUCCUCAUCGGUGCUACCGCCUACGGCAACUAUCUGACGUCGACAUACGGAGCCACGGCAAACUAUUGGGCAGGUGGGAUCAACGUUGCAUGCUGGCUCGCGCAGUUCAUCGGGCACGGCAAGUUCGAGGGUAGAGCUCCCGCGCUGCUCGACAAUCUUGUGCAGGCAUUCUUUCUGGCGCCAUUCUUCGUCUGGUUCGAGAUCCUAUUCUUCCUUGGCUACCGCCCUGAGCUGAAGAGCCGCAUCGACAAGGGUGUGGAGGAGGACAUCCAGAAGUUCAGGAAGAGCAAGGGACAGAAUGGCUCAGCACACUGA